CUCACGGCAUUCUCAUUGGAUACCUUCAACGCCAGUUACAGGUGCUUAGACCACGCCUCUGUAUUCUCCAGUAGUCCUGAAACCUGGAUGAGAGUUUUAAUAAUGGCGUGGACAUGGCGCAGGGAUACUGCCCUCCGCCAAUGUCCUGCAUCUGUAAGCGACCUGUAAACAUCGAGGUGUUGGUUUCAGAGCUUUGACAAACAUUUUCACGGUUGUUACAAUGUUACCUCACCGAGUAAAUCUCAGCUGAAAGCUUUCCGAACCGGAUUUUUUAGUUGGAAGCGCUUUGACAUGUCGUUGUUGUGUGUCAGAGUGAAAAAAGCCAAGCUCCAGGGCCCACCAGACAAGUUCAAUACCUACGUAACACUGAAGGUGCAGAAUGUUAAAAGCACAACCAUCACCGUGCGCGGGGACCAGCCCUGCUGGGAACAAGACUUCAUGUUUGAGAUCAACCGGCUGGACCUCGGCCUUAUCGUUGAGGUUUGGAACAAAGGGCUCAUUUGGGACACCAUGGUGGGGACCACCUGGAUUCCUCUUAAAAGUAUUCGUCAAUCUGAAGAGGAGGGCUCAGGAGAUUGGACUUUCUUGGAUGCGGAGGUCUUGAUGAAAGCAGAUGAGAUAUACGGCACCAAGAACCCCACGCCUCAUCGGGUGCUGCUGGACACUCGCUUUGAGCUGCCCUUUGACAUCCCAGAGGAUGAGGCGAUGUACUGGACGAGCAAGCUCGAGCGCAUCAACACGAUGGGAAUUCACGAUGAGUACCCCCUCCAUGAUGAGGACCAGACUGGACCGUUGCCUUUUGCUGCCUCCCAGUGCUCUUUGGAUGACCAGGACAGUGCUGUAGAUGACCGGGACAGUGACUACCGCAGUGAGACCAGCAACAGUCUGCCUCCUCGUUACCACACAACGUCUCAGCCAAACUCAUCCAUGCACCAGUACCCCAUGGGUCCUGGGCCGCAGCACCACCCUGACAGCUGCACAGACUCCAUCCACAGUUACGACCUGGAUUUUAGGGACCAGAGAGGAAGCAGUCCAGUGGAAAGUAGUCGCUUCGGUUCAUCUGGGAACCUGAGCCAGAUCAGCUCCCAGCUUAGUGAGACUGGCCCCGAAAGCACCGGAGGAUCCGAACUCGAGGAGUCCUUUCACUCCUACCAUAGUACUGGCUUACACCCCACCGCCCUUGGGCAGCCACCUACUCAAGCACAUGUUUCCACUAAUGGACAUUCUAAUGUCCCUGAGCAGACGAUGCACAGGUUGACCCCUGAAGAUGCAACUUCAAAAAAUGCCACUCCACCAGAGAAAGGAUCCCCUAAAUUUCAAAGAAUCCAUGACGGAGGACCACCAUUACCAUUUUCACCAUCCAGAGUUCGUUGGUUGAAGGCCAUCAAUAAAGUCAGGGUUCAGCUGAGGGAGGUUGGUCUAAAUCCGUUUUGUUUCUUUCAAGCUUUCCUUUUAUUACUCAUUUUCUCCUCCCUUCCCUAACUCAGAGUAUACACAAGCAAUGUAAAUGUACAGUUGUGACACUGGUUGAGUUUAACCUCUCUUGAUGUUAAUACAGUUUUCUUGUUUCUAACUUUACUCUGACUGUUCUCAGUUUAAACAUUUACCUCCUGAAUACUAACUGCCUGAAAAAAGAGAUUUUGUAUUUAUUUUAUUUUAUAUAAAUUGGCCACAAACACAAUUUUUACAGUAUUUUUUUUCUGCCAGGAGUAUAAACUUGCUUACCUAGCUGUUACCGAUGGAAAAUUAAAAUAUUAUAUUUUAUUGUCUUAUUCUGAUUAUAUGGGUAACAAGGGGUAGAGUGAGACAUUCAGUAUAAGCUAACUAGGCUUUAUUCAAUUAUAUUGGGUCAUUAGAAGGAGUGGAACAUGAGACAAUUUGCAUUUUGCUCCAGACUUAUUAGGUGUUUUUACAACUAUUUUCAAGCAUGUUUUAUGUGAUUUUUCUUUUUUUCUUUUUUUUUUUUUUAAUUGAAUAAAUUUUGUCAGAAACUGCACAUUUUGAGUGUAUGUGGAACCUUUGAAGUUCUAUGGGAGAGAUGUAAAAUGACCUCCAUUUCUGGACUCAUAAGUAAAAGUAAGUAAACCUUAUAACAUAAAUAAUUAUUUUUUUCAUACAAUGUCAAAAUAGGGACAUCCAUCAAUUUCAUGGGAACUGAUGAUUAAGUAGAUUGAACUACAAACUGUUUAUUGUAAAAAUCAAAGAAAUGUCUUGCUGCUUUAGUGUUUUGGAACAUGUGGAAUCGCGGUGAAUGGGACUGGAAGCUGGCAUCUUUGCAGCCUCAGAUUAUAUUUGUGCAUGAAAAAGCUGCCAGGAAGAGAGAGAGAGAGAGGGAGAGGGAGUGACUCCCACAAAGAAAAAAACAGUGAGAGUCAGAAUGGCCACUUAACAGAGGGUGAACUGCAGUGUGAUGUUCUUUGCUCCUGUCAUGCUUACCCUUACAGUGGCAGAAAUGAGAUACUCUGCAAUCUUUUUGACCUUUUUAGUUUCAUGAUAAGAUACACUUGAUGAAAUGCAGGGAACAUGUUUCACUUUGAACUUUCUGAAAUACCCUCUUCAUGGAUUUAACCAGUCUUGCAAGAUGAUCUACAAGGUCCUUUUUUUCUCUAAAAGGUAAGUUAUAUGAAUGUUUUUAACUUUUGUUAAAAUUGUGUCAUCUAUGAUUGACAUUUGAUGCUGUUGGACUCUUCACUUCAAAAAAGUUUGAGAUUGUUAAAUCUAAAAGCUUUAAAUUGCAACUGUUUUUUUAAUCUUUUGGAUUAUAAAAAGUGUGUUUUGUAGUAGGUAAUCAAAGGUGGAAAGAAUAAAUCUGAAAAAAAUUAAUAAACAUGCAAGAAUAAAAAAAAAAACUAAACAGGAUUUAGUGCACUUUUUGGCAUAUCAUUUUACUAGGAGCAUGAUCAUUUGUUUUAACGAUUCAAUUCAUAUCAUAAUUAGUAGCCAAUAUUAGUACAUUUUAAACAAUCCAAUUCACUGACCCAACAUCAAUCCGUUACAUCUUUAGCCCAAAAUUCAACAAUUGUGACUCAGAGCUAAAUAAAUACCUGGUACUGAACCGUGCAGGUGAAGUUUUCCAGAUUUCUUGUAUUUCUUGCAAGAUAAUAAAGUGUAAAUUAAAUAUGUGUACUAACAAAUGGUUAAACAAGAAGUAAUGGAAAUUCCAUUCCCAUAUUAGUUUCAUAACGUUCAACUCACUGUUGUUUUUCCACAUCAAAAUAAUACAAACUAAACAUUAUUAGGUCAUUCUUCCGGAUUGAAUGGUUACAUGUCUGCAAAAUUCAAAAUGUUUCCACACAUUAGACUGUAAUUAUGGUCGAUCCUUUUUUGCUGCAUCACAUGUUUGUUGUUUGCAUUAAAUUUUAGUAUUUUAUAUACCCACCAAAUGCUUAUCAGUUUAAUGCACCUUUAGUCUCAACUGUUUGAGACCUUAAGUUUAAGGGUGGGUUAAUGUAACAGACGAGAACACACCAUUUAUUAUUAAAAAUAAAUAUAGUAAUUUGAAAUAUGUUUUACCUGAUAUGAAACUGAGGCUAAAUUGGAUUCUUGCACAAAAACGGGAACUUGGUGCUUUUUUCCCUUCUUAUCACCAUAUUCUUUAAAAUGAAGAUUACCUACGCAUACCAUUAAGAUGGGAUCUAGCUCUCCCUGUAACCUGCAUCUAUAUAAAAAGACAAAAUUACACCGAUCCCUCCUUUGCACACUAAUUUAAAAAGUAUGCUGAUUUUCACAACUAUUUUUUUUCUUUAAUAUUUAACUGUAAAAAUGCAGGUUUGUUUAAGUUUGUUAAAACUAACUUGCCAGAAUGGCUAAUUUCCAUUUUAUAACCCAAUGAGCUUCAUCCAUCAAAAAAUAACGAGCAAAGUGAUUGGGUGACGCACAUUACAUGUAGGUGUUGCCAGGUGAUGGUGGCUGUGGAGUACCCAAAUGCUGAAGAUGUGAUGUAGGUUGACAGAAAACUAAACUAAAUUAAUAAACAUAAGUGGGAUAGGCUCCAGCAUCCCCGUGACCAUGCACAAAACUAAAUAAGUUUGGUAGAUGAAUAAACAAAUAAAUUAAUUUAAACAUAAAGUCAAAUAACCAAAACGCUAACAUUAAAAUGGCUGAUUUAAAUGUGACAGAACUAAAGACAACUGAUUGGAGCAUCAGAAAAUGACAAGUGGAUUUUACUGAAAGCAACAGAAACCAGGGAGUUACAAAAGAAAGAUGAAUUGUGUUUAAAAAAAUGACCAGUAGACGUAGUGAUUGAAAGGUACAAACAGGGCUAAGUUACUGAAAAAAUGGACAGACUCAAAGAGUUCAAUGUCUUAUCUAAGCUAAACUCGGUCUUGAGACACAGCAAUUGCCAUGGGUGGACCUAAAUCUCUGCUCCAAUUCUAAAUAAUCCCCUUGCAGACAAAUAGAUUCAUGUACGUGAUCCUUUUUGUCGUCUGAGCUGCUAUCUGGCUCUAAACUGUGCGGCUGGAUACCUCUUUUAUUGGUCGCCAAUUUUUUGCUAC